CGUCCUCUUCCCUGGUAAAAAAAUCACUGCCUAAAGUGUUUGUUUAAGCGCGAUUUGUUAAUGGCCAUCUCUAUCCUCCUCCGGCUUGGUCAAUGAUCAGACGCUGUCUUUUAAACGCAGAGAGCCUCCUCCUUAUCUCUCUCUCCCUCUCUCUCCUGGCACUCGGUCAUCGUUCCUAUCGAGCAAAAAUGACCAUUGAAGAAGCAGAGCCGAAUCCUCACAUCCUAGGCUGGAUAGAGGAUUCAGUCUCGUUCUUCCCUUCGCUUCUCGACGACCCGUACGACUCCUCCGAGAUCAAUGGCUACAACUGGUGGGAUCCGAAUCAGGAUUUCGCGCAGGAUCUUAUCUACACCAGCGCAACUUCCAUCACCAGCACCAUCACCACAGCAGACAGUAGUGCUCACACCGAUGCAACCCCUGACACCACAGCCACAGCCAUGAAUCCUACUGUUGCCGCUAACCAUUCGGAGGAGUCGGUCACACAAGAGAUGUCGAAGAAGAGGAAAGCAUCAUUGGACAAUCAAGAUCACACCCAGAGGAGAAACCAAAGUCCUAGUACCAUCGAGAACUCCGGAUCGAUCGAUGUGAAGCCAGCGAAACCGGUGCUGGGAGUGAAGAGAGCUGCUGGCAAGAAACGCUCAGCUGUGUCCUCGGGAAACAACGGCAACAACUGUAACAACAAGGAAGGGAGGUGGGCAGAGCAGUUGCUCAACCCAUGCGCAGCCGCAAUCGCUGCCAACAACCUUAACCGGGUGCAACACCUCCUCUAUGUUCUCCACGAGCUUGCCUCUCCGACCGGUGAUCCCAACCACCGCCUCGCCUCACAUGGCCUCCGGGCCUUAACCUACCACCUAUCCUCUUCCACCUCUCUGCCAUCGUCAGCUCCUUUCACAUUCUCAUCCGCAGAGCCGCGCUUCUUCCAGAAAUCUAUCCUCAGGUUCAACGAGAGCAGCCCCUGGUUCGCCUUCCCAAGCAACAUCGUGAACUCCUCCAUCCUCCAAGUGCUCAGUGAAGAACCCGACAAGUCGCGGAACCUCCACAUCCUCGACAUCGGCGUCUCCCACGGCGCGCAGUGGCCAACGCUGCUUGACAGCCUUAGCCGCCGCCCCGGCGGGCCCCCUCCGCUGGUCCGCCUCACCGCAAUCUCCCCCACUGGGGACGGUGGAGACGCCGACACGCCCUUCUCCAUGGCUCCCCCUGGCUACGACGUGUCCCCACUCCUCCUCGGGUUCGCCAAGACCCUCAACAUCAAUCUCCAAAUCAACCGCCUCAAUAACGUUCCCCUCCAAGGCCUAAAUCCCCAAUCCAUAGACGCCUCCCCUGACGAAAUCCUAAUCAUCUCCGCCCAAUUCCGCCUCCACCACCUAAACCACAGCGACCGCACUGAGUUCCUCAAAUCCCUCCGAGCCCUCUGCCCGAAGGGCGUGAUCCUGAGCGAGAACAACGGGGACUGCGCAUGCGCGGGGUGCGUGGACUUCGCGACAGGGUUCUCGCUGCGGAUCGAGUACCUGUGGCGGUUCCUGGACUCGACGAGCGCAGCGUUCAAGGGUAGGGAGAGUGAGGAGAGGAGGAUGAUGGAGGGGGAGGCGGCGAGGGAGCUGACGAGCGCGGCGGAGAUGAAUGAGAGGAGGGAGAGGUGGUGCGAGCGGAUGAGGGAGGCAGGGUUCGCGGGGGAGGGGCUCGGCGAGGACGCCAUCGACGGAGGCCGAGCGCUGCUGAGGAAGCACGACGGGAACUGGGACAUGAAGGUGGAGGAAGACGGUGGGAGCCAUUGCUGCUUGAGCUUGGGGUGGAAAGGUCAGCCCGUGUCCUUCUGUUCGUUAUGGAAGUUGAGUGGUGGCGGGAAAUGACGAUGAUUAACUAGCGAAAUUGGGGUUUAGAGAUUAUCAAUUCAGAUCUUGCCUAAUUAAUCAGUUUGUAAAAUAGUGAAAUUCGGUGCUUUUGGUUAUAUUUUUGCGUUCACUUACGCGUUUGCAAAUGCAAAGAGCAUCAAAAGUGGGACUGACGAGUGCUCUGGAUUUA